GUAAUUUUUGCGACCGUUAUUGCCAAGGAUUUUAUGAAAAUCAGGAGUCGCAUCGUAAAUUACGAAUGGACAUUUGGAAUGGAAAAGAAACAAGGGAUUACGAGGCAGUAGAAAAGGAAUUAAAAGAAAAACCACUAAAUGAUCAACGACUCCAGAUAAUAAGAAAAAUCCAUGCCUAUAUGAUAAAGAAAAGCAGAGAAUUUCUUUACUGCUUUGCUCCCAAAUGUUCUAAGCGUUUUGAAGUCACUUCUCAAACUUUUUCGUCUGAAGAACAAGAAAAAACAGAAAAAUGGUAUAAGGAACAUGAAAUUAAGGUGAAAGAAAUUAAAGAAAGAAGUUUGCUUAGGGCUUACGGGUAUUCAUCACAAGAGGAUUUGUCUAACUUCAGAAAAUUAUUUGGUGGUGAA